CUCUCCCUCUUCUUCUUCUUCUUCGUCCCUCUUUUUUUAAAUUACAUUCUCUCUCGCUCCUGCGUAAACCCUAGCUUGACUAUCUACGACCUCGAAGCUUGUAGUAUCCAGCCUUCAGUUUCCUCUGAAUCUAAUCAAUCCUUCGAUUAAGAUUAAGGAGUUCGAUUAAAGCUUAUAAAUUCACUAGGAAGUGUGAUUGUGUUAAGUUACAAUGGUUGAGGUCAGGAGCAGCACUCAUUUGAACUCCCAAUUGCAUUACAUCCACACCAUUAAAAAUGGUUCUAUCAAAAUAGUGGCGAAUGUGGUUGCAAGUGGGAAAUCAAAGCUCAAGUUUAAGCCUUUGGUUGAUGUAUACAAUGGGGGAAACGCUGAAGGUGAAGUGCCUAUGGUGUCGAGAGUGGUCAGAGAUUUGGAGAAGAAUGAUUCUGAGAUGACAGAGAGUGCUUGUACGUUUGGUGCUAAGGUGGAUACAGAAGAAGGUUUUGAUAUGACACUGAGGAAGUUCCGGAAACAAUGCAGAGAAAAGAAAAGGAAACGUAGGGGAGAUACUGAGACCAGUUCGCAGGUUAAAGUUGAAGAAGAAGGGUGUGAAGUUGAGGAGCCACUUAGCAGUUGGGAUACGAAAUGCUCCAAGAGAAGAAAGAAGAGUCAUAAGCGGAAAGUAAUGUGUGGUUCUAGUUCAUCUCUGUAUGCGAAGGAAGUUGGUUUGCCUGUGUUAUGUGAUGUCAAGGUUGAGGCUUUCUGGGAUGAAGUUGUGACUGUGGACGUGAAUCUGGAGAAUCUAAUUGAAGAUGAAGGGUGUGAUUUUGAAGAGCCUAUUUGCAGUUGGAAUACGAAGAGAAGUAAGAAAAAGCUUAAAACAAAGUGUGGUUCUACUUCUACUCCAUCUGCAAAGAAAGUUGAUUUGCCUGUGUUGUGUGAUGUCAAGUCUGAGGCUUCGUGGGAUGAUAGCUAUUUGGUUCCUGGCGCCAUGGAUACCAUUCCCACUGAUUCUUACGAAGAGCCAGAAUCUACUUUAAAUAAGGAGUUGGUGGAAGAGAUUUUGCAUGAUUUGCCCAAGGACGCAAGAUUGGUUCUACAUCCCAGUCCAGAGCCAAAUUCUCCUGGAAUUGUAGCCCUUGAAGAGCCCAUAACUACAAAGCCGGUUGACAACACUGUUGAAGAUGCAUUAGAAGAGUUCAUCGAUGCAAAGAAAACUUCAUGCUGUCUCAUUGGUAAUAUUGCUCUUGAGAACGUUUUGUGUGGUAGUGUGUCUAGAGAGGAGGAUGUACUGGAGGUGCCGCAAAGUUCAGAAUCUGAGACCAUUGCCUGUUUCAAGGACCUCAGUUAUUCUUGUGCAAACUCGGGGAGCUCGGGGAGCGAAGAAGUUAAAGAGGAUGGGAAAAGCAAUGAUUCAAAGACUAACUUAGACAUGAUCACAACUGGCUUUGAGAUUAUGAAGAUAGACGCUCCUGAAAUACUUGCUGGCUUAGACAUUAGCAUAACUGGUUUGGAGAUUGUGAAGGUUGAUGCUCCAGAAACGCUUGCUACUGAUAUCUCUGAUUCGCUUACCAUGAAUUAUGGAGUAGGAAACACCGAGCUUGUGUGGGUAAACGAAGACAUUUCCAAUGAUGAGCUUCAUGAAGCAACUGAUAUCAUCCAGCUGACCGGCUGCUGUGAUUCAACGGAUAAUUUAAUUUCAUUAGAAGAAGAUUAUCUGCCAAAAAGGUUACAACCAUCCUCAGUGAAUGUAGAUGAAGCAGGAGACUCACAACUCUUUCAGGCACCAAUUGAUGAGGUUAAAACAGCUGAAGAGAGUGACAGCACCCAGCAACAAGAGCUACACUCUCAACCUGAGAAACUACUCUCAGGGAGAAAGACUUUAUCUCCCAACUCUCAAGCAAAACUUUGCAAGGCAAUGGAGCACUCCGAUUCACCUGAGAAGAUGGGUAAAAAAUCCAAAGGGAAACUCUACUUCAGUAGCCAAAACUCACAUAGGAUCCUUAAGGCUCAAGGGCUAGAAGUGGAUGUCGUUCCAAAUCCAAAGCAAGCCAUUCGAAAAGCAAACAGUAAAACUCAAAGAGUCACAAACAAGUUUUCACGUCGAGAAACGCAAGCAGCAAAGCCACAGCCUUUUAGCACUGGAAGCACCUCGUUACAAGGAUGUACACAGAAAGCUAUUGCCUUCUCUCAAGGGCAAAUGCGUGAUUUUCAAUAUGUCGCAGCUAGGCUCACUAAAGAACUCAAAGCGAUGAGACAAAUCACAAAGAGAUGUCUCCUUGCUGAAAGCAACCCCUCCACAAUGCCUGAGUGUAACUCUGAUGAGAUGAAAACUUUGAUUGGAAAAGCAGAAAAAACUGAAGAGAGUAGCAAGAAAUGGCUUUCCAUGAUUGAACGUGAUUGUAAUCGGUUUUGCAAACUCAUGGGUAUGGUCAGAGAAGAUUCUCCAGCUACUGAAAACAUUGUUCAUAAGACAAAGAGGAUUAAGUUUGCAGAUGAUGCAGGAGGAGAUCUUUGCCAUGUCAAGGUUUUUGAAGUUGAUUUGGAAUCUGAAUCAUAAGCAAAAGUUUGUAGAUUUAGUGUAAACUCUCUCAGCACAUUUUGUACACUCAUGUUUUUGUAUCACUACCAAGUUAACGUUACGUAAUGUUCACAUUACAGACCUUUAUUACAGCAACUACAAACUUGCUAGAUUUAUUUGGUUAUCAG